GAAGCCAUGUGGAGGAUACAGGGGGAAGACUAGGGGUGACGGGAAAGACCAGGGGUGAUUUGGGGAAAAAGAAGGAGAAGGAGAAAGAGAAGGAGCGAAAGGAGCGAGAAAACGCCGUGCAGCCUUGGAAAGAGGGUUGCUGCUUGGAUCGUAGCAAUUAACGUCCUCCGGUCAGGCUUUUUUGGCGUCGGGGUCGAAGAUGUGUUAAUAACAGGCGCCUGGAUUUCAUCGGCAAAGCCCAGGGAAAAAAGAAAAGCGGGGAGAGAGAGAGAGGAAAUUCACACGGAGGUGCUCCAUCCCUGGACCCCAGCAGUUGCUUCAGAACAAAGGUGGCAAAAGUACACCCCUGCAAAGUCAGCUGCUCCUAAUAAUAACUUCACUGGGGAUGGACAAUGGGAUGUUCUCUGGUUUUAUCAUGAUCAAAAACUGCUUCCUGUUCGGCAUUUCCAUGAGUUUAGCCAGUCAUUUUGGCUUCUCACAAAUGCCAACAGCUUCAGGGAAAGAUGAUAACAUCACCAUAUUCACCAGGAUUCUGGAUGGCCUCCUGGAUGGAUAUGAUAACAGGCUUCGUCCAGGCCUGGGAGAGAGAAUAACUGAAGUGAAAACGGACAUCUAUGUCACCAGUUUUGGUCCUGUGUCAGACACCGAAAUGGAAUAUACUAUUGAUGUGUUUUUCCGACAAAGCUGGAAAGAUGAAAGGCUUCGGUUUAAGGGCCCAAUGCAGCGCCUCCCACUGAACAAUCUCCUUGCCAGUAAGAUCUGGACACCAGACACUUUUUUCCACAAUGGCAAAAAAUCCAUUGCCCACAACAUGACCACCCCCAACAAGCUUCUGCGCCUUGAAGAUGAUGGGACUCUUUUAUAUACAAUGAGAUUGACCAUCUCUGCUGAAUGCCCCAUGCAGCUUGAAGACUUUCCCAUGGAUGCCCAUGCUUGUCCAUUAAAAUUUGGAAGCUAUGCUUAUCCCAAUUCUGAAGUUAUUUAUGUAUGGACUCACAGCCCGGCUUCAUCUGUGGUAGUCGCAGAAGAUGGUUCAAGGCUUAACCAGUAUCACUUGAUGGGACAAAGUGUAGAUUCUGAAAACAUCAGCACCAGUACAGGUGAAUACACCGUAAUGAAAGCACACUUUCACCUGAAAAGAAAGAUUGGUUAUUUCGUCAUCCAGACUUACCUCCCAUGCAUUAUGACAGUGAUCUUAUCCCAGGUAUCAUUUUGGUUAAACAGAGAAUCCGUCCCUGCUAGAACAGUCUUUGGCGUCACUACGGUCCUUACAAUGACUACUCUAAGUAUCAGCGCCCGCAACUCGCUACCAAAAGUGGCAUAUGCAACUGCAAUGGACUGGUUCAUCGCUGUGUGCUAUGCCUUUGUAUUUUCUGCACUGAUUGAAUUUGCCACAGUCAACUAUUUUACAAAGAGAAGCUGGGCCUGGGAUGGCAAGAAAGCUUUAGAGGCUGCAAAAAAGAAGAAAAAAGAGCGUGAAAUGUUGGCAAACAAAGCCGUUAAUGCUUAUGCCGCUGGAAGGAUGACCCCCACAUUAAACAUCCCAAAGGACUCCUCCCCUUCAGUUAUCUCCAACUCUGCUUCUCUUCCAGUAAAACCUGUUGAGAAACCUACUGAAAACAAAAAAACCUAUAACAGCAUCAGUAAGAUUGACAAGAUGUCCCGAAUAGUUUUCCCGGUCUUGUUUGGAACUUUUAACUUAGUCUAUUGGGCCACGUAUUUGAACAGGGAACCUGUGAUUAAAGGUGCUGCUUCUCCAAAAUAAACGGAAGGACUUUCAAAUCAAGUGUUAGCCAUACUUGCAAAAACAAAUGCUACCAAGGAGAAUCUGAAGUUCCAAAUGACUUUCUACCUUUGGGCAAUAUUCUUCAGGAAGUUUUUGCAUGUUUAACAAUAUGUACAAAUAUUAUUGCCUUGAUUGUUUCUACAUGUAACCUCAGAUGUUUCUGACAAUUACAUUAACAGCAGCACACACGACUCUUUAUAGGACAACAGAAGACAUGGAACAUGGCUUCUAUGCUGCUGAGUAUCUUGCAUUGAUAGUUUACAAAUGAAAUAGGAUCUAUUUUUUAACUGUU